AUGGCCGCAGGUUGUCAAGGACAGUAUAGCUGUGGCUUUAAAGCUGGAAUGCGACUACUUAUGGGUCGACCGACUUGUAUGUUUAGUUCAUCUUACUUGACACCUACUGAUGAUACUCAGUGCAUUGACCAAGACGAUCCUUUAAAACACGAACAGAUGAAACGAAUGGAUGAGAUAUAUUCUGGAGCUAAGUUCACGAUAAUCGAUGCCACCGGAGAUGACCGUACCUAUGGAUUGUCCGGUGUGACUUUACCUCGCCAACCAAAUCCCCCACGGGCUUAUGUUGAAAUUGAUGGUGUAAAACUUACAUACCUCCAUACACCUCCAGCAGACAAGAUUCGGAGCAGUCGAUGGGCUUCUAGGGGCUGGACGUAUCAGGAAGGGAUCUUGUCACGCAGAAGAAUCUUUUUCACGAGUGAUCAAGUCAUGUUUCAGUGCAAUAAUAUGACCUGUCUCGAAGCUUUUGCUAUUCCUAUGGAUGCCUUACAAAAGUCCAAUGGCAACGGAGGACAUCGACAGCCACACCUCAACGAUAUUGAGCCUAUAUUAAUGGCCAAGCAGAAUCUCGAUGGGCAUCUAAUGGCUUAUAGCAAGAGGGACCUUAAAUACGACGAGGAUUCUCUUAAUGCUUUUCUGGGGAUCUUAAGUCACUACAGUGGACCAGGAAAACCAUAUGUUCACUUUCUAGGAAGCCCAAUUCAUCGCGUGAAAGGGAGCAUGAUUAACGCCUGGUAUCAUCUCGAACCUGCGAAAAGGAGGGAUCAGUUCCCCAGUUGGUCAUGGACAGGUUGGAAAGGAGAAGUGAAGUUGACCAGCCGCAGCAAUCCGGAUCAUGAAAUUGGAUUAAUGACCGAAAACGGAGACCGGACAUCACUCGAAAAAUAUAUAAAAGCUUGUGACGACAACCAAACCCUACCUAUGAAACAUGUCAUUGAACUGACGGGAAAGAUGACAACAUUCUCGUUCAAACACAUUAAAUGGAGUUUAGAACCGAAUGUUAGAAAUAAUGGACUUGACGAGCCCAAGCUUCAAGAUGGCCCUUGGGCUAUUCUACCGCUUACAACAGAUAUAAGGUGCUACUCGUUUUUGUACCUUGAUGACGCGUCGCUGGCGGCAGAAAGCCAGUUUGAACUUCCCGUCAUUGUCUUGGAGCUUGGAACUGAGUCAAAGAACCAUAACAUUAUCAUCCUAGUUCUGAAAGAAAGCAGCGACCACUACGAACGAGUUGGACUCAUAACUAUACGACACGCAUUUCAGAUUACAAACGAGGAUGAUCGUUGGAAAGGACAGCCCAAACAAGUUAUAUAUCUAGACAAGGCGGAACGAUGGUUGCCGCGGGCACCAAUAUCUGAACCAUUAACGCAUAUUUGGCUCCAAGGGACUGAGAAGAAGACGAUUCUGGUAAAAUAA